AUGAAAUUAUUUGGUAUUGAGCGCGAUAAUUUUGAUGGGAAAAGCGUUAAUGCCAUUAAUAAUGGAAUAGUUAUAGCAGAUGCUUUGAAUUCUUAUGGACUGCUUUAUGCUGGUUUGUGGGGAAGUCAAAAGGGAACAGAUAGAGCUAAAAAAGAGUUUGAUCGUGUUAUGCCUAUUCACCUUAAGCAUUUAAAAUCUGAUACUAUGGAAGUUCGUGUUGCCAGUGGUGAAAAUAUUGCGUUGAUGUUUGAAAUUUUAGGCAUUGGACGUAAAAGAGAUGCAUCGGAAGAAUGGGAACAAUUACAACAUCCUGAAAGGUAUGAAGAAAUCGACGAAGUUGAAUACGAUGAUAAGGAACAUUUAAUCGAAUUGUUAAGCGCCUUGGCAAAAGAUAGUAAUAGACAUAGAGCUAAAUCUCAACGUAAAGUUCAAAGAUCAGCAUUUCGAGAUAUUUUGAGGACUGUUGAGGUGAAAACAUAUAUAAAAAUAUAA